AUGAGCUACUGCAUUUGGAACGUACAAAUCGAUAGAAGUCGGAGUGGAUUUAUCCGGAAUGUCUCGGGACGGCUCUUCAGAACGAUAGCGACCUUUUCGAUAUUGCUACUGGUGAUUGGAAUUGUGGUUGGCGAUGAGGAAACAACCCCGCACCCGCUGGAUGAUCAUCGACGCUAUUCGCAACCGAUUCUGUAUCCCGGGGCGAAUCAAUUUACCGGCCCCCGGCAGCUGUAUCCGCCCGGCAAGGUGAAAUCCUCCGAGGGUCGACUGGUAAAGACGAAAACGAAUACGAAAGCGAAAACGAACAUCCGGACGCCUCUGCCACCGGGAAAGAUUGUCCUAGCCCCGAGGCCGAUUUCACCGGUGUACGGUGUUGGACAGGAACUGCCGCAGGAUCUGCGCAGUCAUCGGUCCAGGCCGGUCCCAAUCUACGUUCCACCCGGAUUCGGUACAAUCUAUCAUGGCAUCCAUCGGCCAGCCGGUGGCGAGCGAACAGAGGAUUACCGGCCACACCACAAUGGCUAUGAUUCUUACGGGUUAGAUAAGGUUUUCGUCCCGGAGGGAGAUUUACUGGGUGAAUCCGGUAGCAAUGGCGACACCUCCCCAGGAGUGGACAAUUGUGACAUCCGCUGUGAACCGAAAGAGUUCCGCUGCGACAAAAGCUGUGCUUGUGUCCAUAUGGAUCUGCAUUGUAAUGGACAAGCGGACUGCAUCUUGUCGGAGGACGAGCAGAACUGUGAGGCCGUACAGGAGGAGCUAGUGAAGCAAAUGAAGCAAAGCUGUGAGGCCAGCGGAUCGCAUGUAAUCUGUGCAACUACACACACUUGCAUCUCUAAGGAGUGGUUGUGCGAUGGUGACGACGAUUGCGGAGACUUCACCGAUGAAACACACUGUGGCACGCGGCACGAUUGUACCGAGGGAAAGUUCGAAUGCCAGAAUGAGUUGUGCAUCCCGAGAGAAUGGGUUUGCGACGGCGACAACGAUUGCAACGACUUAUCCGACGAGCGGAAUUGCACAAGGCAAUGCACCCAAGACGAGUUUCGCUGCCAUGACGGUAGCUGUAUCUCGGCAUCGUUCGAGUGCGACGGCGAAGCGGACUGCAUCGAUGAAUCGGACGAGAUGGCCUGUGAUCGGCCGAUGCAAAGCUGCCCAGAAGGGGAAUUCAAGUGCAAGGGUUCGCUGGGUGGCCUUGGUGGACCGGGAGGCCGUUGCGUUCUGAUGCGGUUUCGGUGCGAUGGAGAUAACGAUUGCGGCGACUGGAGCGACGAGGAAGGCUGCCCGAAGAAGCAAGUCAUGUGCACGGCGAAUGAAUUCAAGUGCGAAGAUGGGGAUUGCAUUCCGGUGCAGUGGCGCUGUGAUGACAAACAGGACUGCAAUAAUGGGGAAGAUGAAAAGGGUUGCCCCGUGGAUAAACUUGGCGGGAGGACGUGUUCUCCGGACGAGUAUACGUGUAAAGAUGGGCGAUGUAUUUUGCGUUCAUGGGUAUGCGACGGAUCUGCAGACUGCAAGCGUGGUGAAGACGAACAAGAUUGCGACAUUAAGUGUGAACUGAAUCAGUUUGCGUGUCCUUCUAGUAACCGAAAUAGCUCUCGAGAUUUGCUCUGCAUCAACCAGAAACACGUAUGCGACGGUCAUAAGGAUUGUGUAGACGGCGAGGACGAACUGCGUUGUCCCAUCGUGCAUCCGUGUAGUGCACAUUCACGAUGUGAGCAGCUUUGCGUUACGGCAUACAGCGGCCGGGAAGAGUGUAUGUGUCGACCUGGUUUCCUGCUGCACGGCAACGGCUAUAAUUGUACCGAUAUCGAUGAGUGUACAAUCGUCAACAAUCCGGUGUGUUCCCAGGACUGCACUAACACUAUUGGAAGCUUUCGCUGCGGAUGCAAGGCAGGAUACAUACUGCGACCGGAUCAACGUACAUGCAAAGCCGUUGGAGGAGCCGUUAAACUGUUGAUGGCAAACCGAGCCGACAUCCGUCAAGUUUCACUCAGUAACAAUCAGUUCACGUCAAUUGUCAAAGGGUUGCCUAAUGCUAUCGCCAUAGAUUAUCACUACCAGCUAGAUCUGUUAUUCUGGACGGAUGUUUCGAUUGACGUCAUUAAACGAUCAUAUUUAAAUGGGACUGGCAUCAAGGACGUCAUCAAGUGGGGCCUGGAAUCGCCAGGAGGUCUGGCUGUCGAUUGGAUCCAUAAUUUACUGUUUUGGACAGACUCUGGAACUCGUCGCGUAGAGGUUUCUACAUUUGAUGGAAAACUUCGAGCAGUUCUGGCUGCAAACGAUUUGGACAAACCACGCGCCAUUGCAGUCCAUCCGGGGAAGGCCACCGUAUUCUGGACUGAUUGGGGCACAGUUCCAAAGAUCGAGAAGGUCUACAUGGAUGGUUCUGAGCGUCAAACGAUUGUGUCAGAAUCAAUCUUCUGGCCAAACGGCUUAGCAAUCGAUUAUACCACCAAUCGAAUCUACUGGGCUGAUGCAAAACACGUCAUCGAAAGUGCCAACUUCGACGGGAAAAACCGGAAGAAAAUCCUGAGCAACAACUUGCCACAUCCGUUUGCAAUGACUUUAUUCGAGGAUUCAAUGUACUGGACAGACUGGCACACGCGCACUGUAUCCACGGCGAACAAGAUUACUGGGCGUGGUUUUCGCGUCGUUCACGAAGGUUUGCAUUUCCCGAUGGACAUUCAGAGUUACCACGCAUCUCGACAGCCAGAUUACUCGAACCGUUGCCAGAUGGAUCAACGAGGACGCCGUGGUGGCUGCUCUCAUCUGUGUUUGCCGAACCGGAACCAUCGACGUUGUGCUUGCCCCAUUGGCCUUACUUUGAAAGCAGACCAACGGACUUGUUCUAAUGUACCGGAUAAACUCCUUCUGAUUGCCCGUAAAAAGGAUAUUCGUGUUCGGCAGUUAGAUCAACAGAAUCCAACGAAAGGAGUCGAUAUGGUGGUUCCACUAGAUGGCAUUAAGUCCAACGUUGCCAUUGAUUGGUGUAGUCAAACUAAUGUAAUUUACUGGACCGACGUUGGUAAAAGCAUUAUCAGUCGAGCAUUUAUCAACGGUAGUCAACAAGAGGCAAUCAUUAAAUCAAAUCUUAUUUCGCCGGCUGGUUUGGCACUGGAUUGGAUCACUAGUAAAAUUUAUUGGACAGACGCUGGAACAAACCGAAUCGAAGCCGCCAGUACCGAUGGCAAGCAACGAGCACUGCUCAUCUGGGAGCGAUUGGAUAAGCCGAGAGAUAUUGUGGUUCAUCCAAGCGAAGGUUACAUGUUUUGGUCUGACUGGGGCUCGAACCCGCUGAUAGAACGAGCUGGUAUGGAUGGCAGUGGUCGUGUGACUCUGGUUUCUGAAAACCUGCAGUGGCCCAACGGAUUAGCCCUGGAUACCGAUAAUCAUCGAUUGUAUUUUGUGGAUGGCGGAACCAAAGCACUGGAGUAUGUGAAUUUUGACGGAACAGGCAGAAAUCGAUUGAUUACGGAAGGACUGAAACAUCCGUUUGGGUUAGAUGUGUACGACAAAAAAGUUUACUGGACUGACUGGGAUACGCAUAGCAUCCAGGUUGCGGAUAAGCUCACCGGGGCGGAUAGGCACGUCGUUCUGGCAAACAAUACUGAUCUGAUGGAUAUCCGAGUGUUUCAUCGAACCAGGAAGGAUGUCCGUAAUCCCUGCGGAACACGAAAUGGAGGCUGUUCAUAUAUCUGCUUGCUCAGCCCAUCCGGAUAUACCUGCGCUUGCCCAAUUGGUAUUCAGCUUAAUGAUAAUGGCAAAACAUGUAAAGACGGUCCAUCCAACUAUUUGAUCUUUGCCCACCGCACAGACAUUCGUCAAGUAUCAUUGGACAGUGAUUACCAGAUUGACGUCGUUCUACCGCUUCCUCCGAUUUCGAACGCUGUCGCCCUGGAUGUGGACACCCAUACCGGAGACGUUUACUGGGCAGAUACGAUCGAGGAUGUUAUAAUGCGUUCUUCCCCAGAUGGAAUGCGAGUCAAGCAGAUACUUAGCGAAAGUAUGGAUAGUGUAGAUAGUAUGGUCGUAGACUCGAUCGGUCGCAAGAUUUACUGGGCUGACGCGGGGCGAUGCUCGAUCGAGGUCAGUGAGCUAGACGGUAGUGUGCGAACCGUACUGGUCUGGAACGAUCUGAUCCAUCCAAAGGGAAUCGCAAUGGACUACGAGAGUGGCUACCUGUUCUGGGCUGAUUGGCGCAAAGACCCGAUCAUAGAACGUGCCGACAUGGAUGGCGAACGUAGAAAGAGUAUUGUCACGACCGAUCUUGGUUACAUCUCUGGACUGACCGUUGACGGACUUGAGAAACGUAUUUACUGGACAGAUUCAAAGGCCAAAACGAUUGAAUCAUGUGAUCUGAAUGGAAAUGCACGAAAGAUGUUGCUUGAUAACCUACAGCAUCCAUAUGCGCUUGCAGUUACACGUAACUGGGUUUACUGGACAGAUUGGAUAACCAAGGCUCUCCACUCAGUUCCAAAAACAAAUACUAGUAAGAUCCGAAAGGUGGCCAAAGAUUUGGAACAGCUGAUGGACGUUAAAGUAGUACUGGAACAAGAUGAAUACACCGAGAAUCCUUGCGGCAAAAACAACGGUGGCUGUUCACAUCUGUGCUUGAGAAAACCAAAAAGCUAUUCCUGCAAAUGUCCUACUGGACUGCUGAUGAAAGAAGGCAGCACCAAGGACUGCAAGACAGUUCCAGAUGAAUAUCUGCUAAUUGCACUACGUUCCGGUAUUGGGCGCAUUUCACUGGACACGCCAGAUUUGUUUGACGUCGUUUUGCCUUUCGAAGGAGUCCACGGAGUGGUUGCUUUAGAUUACCACUACGAUCGAAUGUACAUCUUUUAUGCUGACGUCAAUGUGGACGCCAUCCGGCGUGUCAGUGUGCACAAUUUCUCCGACACUAAGGUAAUCGUGGCCAGCGGUUUAAACACACCAAAUGGUUUAGCCGUCGACUGGCUUGCCGAUAACUUAUACUGGACCGAUGCGGCCCUGAAAAAAAUUGAGGUGGCUCGGUUUGAUGGUACUUGUCGGAAGGCUGUACUGACCGGUGGUCUAGAUGAUCCUCGUUCGAUCAUUCUGUAUCCAAAGCGUGGCUUCAUGUUCUGGGCAGACUGGGGCCAGGCACCGAGAAUUGAGCGAGCUUACAUGGACGGUUCGGAACGGCGUAACAUAAUCGAUUCCGAGCUCGGCUUUCCGACCGGUUUGGCUAUUGACUUUGACAUGAAAAAGCUUUAUUGGGCUGACGCUCAGCAGGAUCGAAUUGAGAUGUGUGACUUUGAUGGGAAGCGACGCACUCGAGUCAUCUCGCAGGCUACACAUUCGUUCGGAUUCACGCUGACCGCCAGCUACAUGUAUUGGACCGAUUGGCAUAACAAAUCGGUUUUACGAGCUCCGAAGCGGGUCGCUUCCCCGGUGGAAGAGGUUCGUUUCGGACUGCGAGGUGCUCUGGAGAUUCGAUCGGUGUCGGCAAGCCGACAACCGCACGACUGGAAUCCCUGCGGCCAGGAUAACGGUGGUUGUAGCCAUCUGUGCCUGUUCGCUGAAACACGCUACGUCUGUGGCUGUCCUGACGUUCCCGAUGAGACGCACUGUCGUCUUGAACCGGCCUUCAUUGUACCGAUCAGAACCAACGACGAAAUUACCACCACCAUGGACGAGGAGAAACCAGCCAAAUCGAGCGGAUCUACCGUGCUGAGCAAAAACAAAAUGCACACCCAAUUAGCCAUUAUCGCUACCGCCAUUGUGGGCUGCUUAUUCUUAAUAGUAGUAAUCGCCAUAAUAGUGCUGAUUAUGAACUCCAGACGGAAACAGAGUAAGAAAACCUCUCGCAGCGGAAGCGACGUACUGACGUUUACCAAUCCCAACUACAACGGUGUCGACGGUAUGUGUCAUCCGGGCGGAGGUGAGCCCUGUUCCUCUCGCAACACCAUCUGGAAGCGGCUUAAGUACGACCGGGCACAGGAACUGGUCUAUGAGGAAAAAUAUUUAGGCCCACCACACGGAACGGCUACCACGACACUGAUAUCCCCGGCUUCGUCAUCACAGAUUUCCGCCACUUCAGCAGUUCUUCCAGUAUAG